CCUCUCUUUACUUUAUAUUUCUUUACAUCCCUACCCCCUUCCUUUCUUUUUCUCUAAAAUAAUAAUAAUAAUAAAUCCCAUUGAGUCAUUUAAGUAAUAAAUAGGUAUAUAACAAAUGCAACUUAAAAGCUUUUCUUUAGCUACAAUCGGAUUCCUUUUACUCAGCAAGGGAACUUUUGCAGCAGAUUCAACAAAUAACUUGGCAAUUAUUGAUGAUGGUCAACAAUAUGCUGAUUCUUAUCUUUCUGUCUUUUCGGCUGAUGAUGAUGACGAUGAAGUUGACUUUGAAUUGUCUGAGGAUUACAUUGAUAAUAACAAGUUAACUAAACGUGGUGAAGAAUGCACCAAAUAUCAUACUGUCUCUGGUAGUGAUAGCUGUGUAAAACUUGCCAAAAAAUAUGACGUUUCUUUAAAUGAUAUUUAUGAUUGGAAUCCUCAAAUCAAAAAAGGUUGUUCUAAUCUAAAUAAUGGCAAAAAAUACUGUGUUCAAAUGACAACUGCAUCUUCCUCUUCUUCUUGUGGAAAAACUCGCAAAGCGACUAGCUCUGAUACCUGUUCAAAAUUAGCUAAAGCAAAUGAUAUCAGCUUAAGCACAUUUUACAAAUUGAAUCCAUCUGUAAACUCUCAAUGUAGUAACCUUCGUACAGGUAAAGUGUAUUGUGUUAAACCUACUUCUUCUUCAUCUACCAAAGUCAAAAACUUGACUUCCAAAAAGACAACGAAAAAGUCUUCUAAAAAAUCAAGUACCAAAAAGACUUUAUCAAGCCAAAAUAAGGAAGUUCGUAAGAAGUUACAAUCUAACGCUUCUUUUACUUAUUAUUGGAUCGCUCAACCUAGUGACUAUAAGGGAGGUAAAGACGUGAAUGUCAAGACAUGUGCUGGAAAGACGAUUGGCUCUGUUGGUGAAAAUUAUGCAGAUGCUCUCGUCAUGGAAGGUACUGGCGUCGUUGGUUCCAAGAUUGUUAAUCUCGGUGGCUGUACCUGCAUUGGUUACAAAUGUUUCGAAUUAGUUGAUAAAAAGACAGAUCCUUAUGGUUUGACCUCCUAUGGUUCUCCUCUUCGUCCCUAUGUCACUAUUGCUUCUAAUGAUAUUAAGAGAAAUUCAAAGAUCUAUGUUCCCUCUCUUGAUGGUUGGAAGGUUCCUGGUUCUAGUAAGACUCACAAUGGCUGCUUAUUAGUUGAUGAUGAAUCUUGGAGUUUUGGCGGUAAGCACAUUGAUUUCUAUGUUUACUCCAUGGAUAAUUAUGAAACAUUGGAUAAAUCUCACAAGAUAACCAAGGUUGAUAUUUAUGAAGGUGGAUCUUGCAAAAUUCUUAAUUAUUUGUAAACUUAUUUUAAUUUAUUAUGUAUAUCAAGUGGAAGUCUAUAUAAUAAAAAAAAAAAAUCUACUUGUAAACUUUUAUUCACUGUAGAAGCAAAUAAAAUAAAAAUCUCCAGCU